AUGGACUCGGUACCGUUGAAAAUGGCUGUUUCUUCUUUACCAGUUACUGCACUGAAGAAAAAAAUGAUGAGAAAAACAGCAACCGUAGCAAUAGCGCCCAUUCUCGAACAAAAACCAGAGUCGAGUGCCAUCAAUCCACAUCAUCAGGUUAUGGGUGACAGCUUUGCUCCGAGCAGUGUUUUUGCCAACAAUAUAGGAACGCAAAAUUACAUCAAUCUUGCAACCGAUUCACCGAAAUUCUCACCACGUUUCAAGACACAAUUGUCGAUUUUACCAAAGUCCAAACUAAUCGAGGAUAAAAAAUCUACCAAACCAGUUUUACAGUGUGCAAAUCCAUCUCAAGUUCGACUAUAA